UGAAAAUUGAAACGUGCCAAGAUAUGACAUAAACAGUAUGGUGUAAGUGAGAAUUAACAAAACAAUUAUGAUAAUAAUUAUUAUGUUGUAAUUGAGCAAUGUUAGUGACUUCCUCCCUGAUGGACAAUCCACCUACCUCGGUGCAUGAGGAAGAGGCGGCAACUGUCACUGACAUCGACGACGUGUUUCCGCCGCACGUUGACACGACCAACAUUGUUAUUCAGCCAGAGUCUCCAACCAGUAAGAAGCAGACGUUAAAGACUUUUGCCGAGAUAAAUACGUUGCUACAGGCUAAUAGGAAGCGAGAAAUAAAACUGAUUAUACGAGAGAACGCUUGGCCUCUUAACAAUGGUAUUAGGGCGCAGCUUUGGCCAGCUCUCUGCAACCAGCACGCGCAUGGCAAGAAUAUGCUCGAUGGAUUCUAUUGGGAUAUGGUGAAUCAGGUUUUUGGAACAACAGAACUACCAGAAAAGGCCAUUAUGCUGCCGCCAUUUGUCGAUAGUACACAUUGCUUAUCCUAUAAUUUGACGAGGAAAGGCAGAAAUGUGGCGGAUAGAAUUGUAUCGGUACUAGGAUAUGCUUGUCCUGAUAUUACUUACAGUCCAACUCUUUAUCCGUUAACUGCGCUUCUGCUGCAUUUUGUGCCAGGUAUGCUACAUCAGCAAUAUAUAAAUAAAAUAAGGUUAGCAAUAAUACAGUACGAAGUACAUAACUCUCUCUAUGUACUUUGGUAAGAUUAUAUAUUUAUUUUUAGA